AUGCCGUUUCAACUGUCGACGUCCAGGCCGGGUAAGAGCGAGUACCCGUUGCCUCCCCCCGCAGUCGCCUUCCAACUGCCUUCGGCCAAGGAUGGGCUCAAGGUCAGAUGGAGCAAGGUCAGUCGAGCAAGAGCCCAGGCAGAGCCCGCGAGCGACGACGAAAGCGCCUUUGCCUUGGUGGGGUGUAGCGCAUAGAUUGCAUCACUGACGCUUGCACAACUCUGUACUCGGUCGCAUCAGAUCAAGAGAAGGAUUGGGAAUGGCUCCGCUCCAGGUACGUCGAGGACUCGUGUCGGAUUCGGUCUGGGGGAUGAACGUCCGUAGCCCGCGACCCUGGGUGCGACGGUAACGCUGCAAGCUAUAUUCGGCACGAAGAGAUUUUUAUCAUCUUUGGACGAGGGGCCCAGCUUGACCCUUUUCUUGGCCCGAGAUUGACGCGAUUUGAACGUGUUGCAAAACUUUGCAGGUGAUUCACUAGGAGAUCCGACGACCGAAGGAACAUCGGACAACGGCAGCUCGUACCGUGAAGGGGGGCUUUCGAGGAGACGGCAGCGAAGAGGCAGCGUCGACGACGACAAGGACGUGGAGGACCAGGGGGUGGAUGUCGUCGUUGUCGAAGCACAGGGUGCACCCGAGGAUUGGCGACGGGCCGUACCGAGAAGCUCGGGAGGUCAAGGCCCACCCGCGUCGGGAACCAGUCCGGGAGGAACUCAUCUCAAGGGUAACGCAACGGCGAUGCAGAGUGAGGGCAGCUCGAUGCACCAUCUGACAACGAACGAGAAUAUGGGCAUCUCUGCGGCCGUGUGGAGCUUCUUACGAUGGCGCGUAUGGGGCAUGAUAUGGUGCGUUCAACACCGGCGAGGCGAACGAGAGACUUUUUUCUGAGCUACCCUGGACUUACCAUUGUUCUUGCGUGGUCUUGCUGCAGUCACUUCUUCUUCCCCGCUUACGUUGACGCCAAGGUCGAAGACGGCUUUCAGAAGGAGCAAUGGUGGAGCGCAAAAUCUGUGAGCUGACUGCAAGGCUUGUGCCAAGGCUCUCUGACCUCGGUGCUCACUGUGUGCGCUUUGCUGGCACAGGUCCAUAUCUUCGGUUCUUGCUUCCUCGUGUUCAGUUGGGUACUUGCAACCGCGAUCCUCCAGAGGCCAUGGUCACUGUGGAACAAGAUUUCGUUCUACGGAAUACACCCACUGUUCACAAUCUCGCUCGUCCCCAUGGCUGCACUGGAUGUCCCGCGCAGGCGACCAUGGCUUUGGCAAGCAGUGGCGUUCUGCGCGCUUUGGAUUUAUGCGACCAAUAAUGUCAUUGACAUGUACACUUGCGGGUAGGCCUUUGACGAUUACCUAGCCCAAUGCCUCUGAUCAGUAGGGCCUGAUGCCAUACGCUUGAUUUUUCUGCGUAUAAAGGUUUUACACCACUCGUGCAAGAUGCGGCAAGAAGGACUUUUUGGGCACGAUGUACUAUCCCAGUUGUCAGAUUGUCAUCGGCCUCUUCGCGCUCGGCCAGAAACGACUAUACGCCUUGAUCGGCGGCCUCUCGUGGGUCGUGGUCGUUGGCGCAACACUGCUUCCGCAUCGCGUCACCUUCAUCCGAAACGUCGUCAACCUCUUGCUCUUCCAGGGCUUCGUCCUAUACCUGCACUAUAUGCGCGAGCUCUCCGACCGACGAAUGUAUACGCUUCGAGCGGAGCUCAAGAUCCAGUAUCAAGGCAAAGCACGGGCGCAGCAGAAUGAGCGCAAACAGAUGGACGCACGUCGCAGGUUCAGCUCGUGAGUAUAUGCACGAUUUGGUGGGCGCAGCACGCAAGGCGGUCCCUAACCAAAUUGCUCCUGCCCUUUUCGGACAGGUACAUCUUCCACGAGGUUCGCGUGCCGCUUAACACAGCUAGUCUCGUCGUACAGCAGUGGAAAGCACUUGGCCUCAUCGACCCCAAUUCGGAGGCCGCGGUCGAAUUCCAGGCCCUCGACUCGUCGCUGACGGCCAUGAGCCAAGUUUUGAACGACACGCUCGACUUCACGCGCAUGGAAAGGGGUGGUUUCACCUCGGUCUCGCGGCCAUUCAGUCUCCACGAUGUGAUGAACUCGAUCUUUGGGCCGUUGAAGCUGGAUGCGCAUGCUCGGGGGCUUGCCUUCGAGACCGCUUUGGACCUGCGCAUCGACGAUGUCGCAAAGCGGGCCAUGUAUCCGGAUGGUGCGAAUGUGGAACCGAUCGCCGAAGGUGACGGUUGGAUGAUGGGUGACGAGAUGAGGGUGAGUAUCCGACAAGUUCAUGCCUCAGGUAGCCGAAUCCUGAUCCCAUCUCUUGUCCCUUGGAGCAGCUGCGACAAGUGGUCAACAAUUUGGCUUCAAACGCUUGCAAGUUCACGCCGGCCGGAGGUACGAUCACAAUCGUCACUCGCCUCGUCUUUCCCGACCCAGAAUGUGGCUCGCCCGACUGGCGCAAACACAGUACCAGCACGGACACGACGGCGGUCGAUGGCGAUGAAUGCAAAGCCGCAAUCUUGUCUUCAAACCGGCUUGAACAGCACAACGUCGCGACUUCGCCCUCGGAUCCACCACAGAAGAGGGUACUCGUGGCUAGGAUAGAGGUUCGAGACACUGGAGUGGGGAUCAAAACGCGGGCCAUGACGGGCGAUCGUAGUCUCUUUUCGGCGUUCGUGCAGACCGAGAUUGGGAGGCAGCAGGCGGGCAAGGGUACCGGGUAAGCACACGCGUAUCGCGCUUCGUGGAGUGGGGAAUAUGACCGACCAAUUUUUGCCUUCGUUGCACGCCCCGCAGAUUGGGUCUGAGUCUCGUGCGCCAAAUCGUGAUGCUCAGUGGCGGUCGACUUGGAGUUAAGAGCAAAGUCGGCGAAGGUUCGACGUUCUGGGUCGAGAUGCCGUUUGGUGUUGGACCGCAAACCCGCGAGGUCGACGACGGGUUCCACAUGUUCGGGACGCACCUCGAGAAGUCAUCGUCAUCGCCGUCACCUCCGUCCAACUCAGUUCAUUCGUCCGACCUUCGCUUCACGUCAUCGCUAGCUUACCGACCGGGUGAACCUGGACUUGGAUCGAUUGGCGAGAAGGACGGGAUCGAGAUGAAGCAGACGAGCUACACGUUCUCGCCUCCGAGUUCGAUGACGCAGCCCAAGACCUUCAUCCCCCUCGGCCGAGACAGCGCAGAAAACACUCCCCCAGCGACACCGCUGCCGCCCUCGGCUGGUCAACUCGACAACUCUCAGUCCCUGUCUAUCUCGACGAGCUUUGCUCGAGAAAAAUCGGCUUCCAUCUCAUCGGCUCUUACCCCCGCGGAUGGCGGGCUUCACCGACCUGCGGGACCGAGCCACCUGCUCUCUUCGGCUUCGGCACCGGCAACGAUUUUCUCGAGCGGACCGUCAACACCGACCGUGUAUGCGUCGACAAGUAUGAACUCCAGUACAGUGACGCGCACAGUCUCGCCCGUCGCGACCCCAAGUGGUACCGUGAUGGUUGGGACCGUGCCCUCGGCUGCUGCGCGCAGAUCGGCCGCACUCGAGUUCGCAGAUGGCGCACUGCGUGUGCUCGUCGUCGAUGACGACACGCUCACGCGCAAGUUGAUGAGCCGCAUGCUCGAACGUCUUGGUUGCCUCGUCAGCACGGCGGAGAAUGGAGCCGUUGCGCUCGACAUGCUGCUGGGUCCGGAGCAUAGGUCGACGACCGAAUCAGGAACGAUCGGCUCCUCUUUCUCGAUGAAAAAUUUAUCCUCGAUGCCUGCUACGCCGACCGACGUCAACGCGCCUGUCUUCUCUAUGCCGUCGCCUUUUGAUAUCACAUUCCUCGACAAUCAGGUGAGUUGUUAAUCUGUGUGAAGGAUUUCAUUCUGCUCCUGUGUUGACAGUUUCUCUCGAACACCUAUCAGAUGCCCGUUACUUCGGGACUUCAAGUCGUCCGAAAAAUGCGAUUACUGGGUCGUACGGAUCUCAUUGUCGGCGUCACCGCUAACGCACUACGCACCGACCAGGAAGAAUACCUCGAACAAGGGGCUUCGUUCGUCCUGACCAAGCCAGUACUCGAAGCGGAUCUGAGAAGGUUCUUGAUGCUCGCCGAUCGAAGACGAGCCGAAGCCAAGGACUCGGUCGCACGACUGCAACGCCAAUCGACGUCCGAAUCUCGACCCAAGCCUCCCCUUCGCUGA